UUAAAAUAUAAACUGCAUUAAAUAAGAGUACAACUUUUUUUUAUAGCUGUGCAUUCAUCUUCCUCGUGCAGAGAGUUUAAUUGCCUACAAAACUAGUACCGCGGGGGAAGGGGUGCAUCAAAAAUAGUACUUCAUACGGUACUUCAUAUUAGUCAAGGUUAUUACUACUGUGCGAAUUAAAAAUACCUACGAGAUUCAUUAAGAAAUCCCUCAUCCUCCUCCGACAAUUGGAUUCGACUAGAGAUCAAGAAAUCAGAUUUGUAUCUCAUUCUCACCAGGUAGACAAGACAGACGCGUAACAUAAUCGCAAGCAAGAGUAACGUAUGCAUGUAACAAUUCAGAGACAGUGUCAGUCUUAAUUUUGAGGUGGUCGUGUCAUCGCAGUAUUUCGUAACUUUGUAAAAAUAAAUUUUAUAAUCUUGAAAAUGUUCAGUUCUAUUUUCAUCUCGAGUUGUGUCCUGGUGUUAUUAGUGCUGGAUUUUACUCAAAGUUUGGACCCCAUCGUGGUUAUCCCGUCAGUAAAAGAAAAAGAAAAUCGUCACCUGCCUUCUUCCUCUUGUUCCCGAUUGCAAUACGAAAUUCAGAAGAAUAUCUUAACCCACGAGUGGGGCUUAUCCCGACUCAAAUUCCAACAACGGUUGAAACGUCACCCACAGUACAUCGUCACCAUCCAGUCGGUCAAUGCCGUUCAUGAUCCCCUCAUCGAGCUACGAUGUCCCGGUGGAGGAAACGAGCUCGAAAUUCUGAACAAUCGGCUAGAAAUGUAUUUCCAUGAAAGUCGUUUUGCGGCCGAUUCUGUCCGACUUUUCGAUAUCCACUCGAUCUUUCCGAUCCAUACGGGUGCCUUAUCGGUGCGAAUUAAGCUACAGCCCUUGGUUAUCUUGCUGGAUAAGGGGAGCGAUAUUGGGGUCGGGAUUGCAGACUUGUACUGGAGGACGCUUGGAUUGGAGAAGCGCGUUGGUGAAUUAUCCACGAAAGAGCAUCGCGAGCAUACAGGGGACGAGUCGGUGAUGGAGUUGGAGCGUGAGAUUGAGGGUGUAUUUACCCGUCGGAUUCAGCCGGACGUGCAAAAACAGAUUGAAACCAUUGUGCGAAAUACGACGACCCACUUCUUGCAUCAUAAUUUGGUUCGAUUCUAAUUUUACCAAAUUAGUAUUAAGUUAUAACAGGUGCAUAGAAUAAUUAUGUUCAUGUGUGCAAGAAAAAAAAUCGCCUUCUGAUCUCUUUGUCUCUAAAAUACACGUAGCUCUUUAGCGUGCUGUGCUAUUAAACCUAUGUAACUUAUCCAUGUAUGUACCUGAUUAUUAUACCGUAGUCGAAAAAAAUGUCUAAUUUAUAUGCUAAUUUAUCAUAAAUAUACAAGGCGUAUAUUUCACCAAUCAUGUUCUAGGUAUUUAAAUUUGUAAAAAUCGAUUUCACCCACAAAUAGUAGCACAAUUAUGAGAAAGUGCGUUGAUUUUACCUAUAUGAACAUCCCAUUUUCUACUUUUAAAUAUGUAGACCAUUCCCGUAGUGUAAUUGUAUUUUACGCACUUUUACCCCAAUUGUUGACUUGAAACAAUACAAAAUCUCACAUAAUGCUUACUGUCAGUGAGGAACAGAAAUAAUUCAAUUUUUGAGACGACUUGUCAUUUCUACGUCUUCGUCUCCAUUAUGAUCAAGUCCUCAAUUUCACACGCAGUUGAGUUUGAUUGAACCUACUAAACCAAACCACACAACAAAAAGAUGGAAACAAAGGUUUGUACUUUUUAUUUAUUUGUUGAGUGAAUCGUAUUUGUGUUGAGUGACAUUGGAUAAAGUUUGAUGAGAUGGUUCACAGUACAGUAAUUUCGCAUUGCCCAUCGCUUUGUUCUUAAGGAAGAUUUACUUAUAAACAGAAUUAAUUUAAUGACAACCUGCCUCAACGAAGGGAAAAAAAACUUUUAUCAAAUCUUGAAUGUCACUUAUAGAACGAAUGUCACUUCUAAUCUGAUUCUACUAUUUGCACUUUACGCUACAAUUGUUGUUGUUUGUACUCGUUUCCUGUACAGAAAUAGACGCAUUGUAUUUUGGGCAUUACCAUUUAACCGUCUAUUUUUAGAUUUGUGGUUCAUAACUUAUAAGUUAAGAUAAGAUGUGACGGAUAAGUUAGACAUUAUUCUACUAUUAAUAGAGUGACAAAAAUUGGGAGUUAUUAGAGUUUGAAAGUUGCAUUCUUCAUUAAUUGAUGUUUUAUAAAGGUGAUGAUUAUGGAAUUAAAUUGGGGCAGUAUAUCAGGACUAAUGAUGAUAGAAAAUAAUUCCUAUGCAAAUUAGUCAACUUUUACUAACAGAAAGCUCUACGUGCUACGGGUUCUCACGGUUUUGAUACAUAUUUUUUUUAUUUACAAGUAAUAUUAAAUACAUACAUAAUUUAAAAUA